GGCUCGGGACAGACCAGCAGCGGUAGUGAACCUGUGAUGGCGGCCCCUGCUCUCUCCGGUCGGGCUGGCUCCGCGGGCAGCCUCGGGAACAGCCCCACCAUGGCCGGCGGACGGCUGCCUCACGGCGGCGGCGGCGGCGGAGGCGUCGGGCCCGAGCUCGACUUCAGGUCGGCGGCCCGCAUGGAGGACCUGAACCGACUCAUCCAGGAGUUCAGCAAGCACGACCAGCGGGAGUACGACGACCAGCGGGCUCUGGAGAUCCACACGGCCAAGGACUUCAUCUUCUCCAUGCUGGGAAUGGUGCAGAAGUUGGACCAGAAGCUGCCGGUGGCCAACGAGUACCUCCUCCUGUCGGGCGGCGUCCGGGAGGGCGUGGUGGACAUGGACCUGGACGAGCUGAGCGUCUACGCCCGCGGCACAGACUACGACAUGGACUUCACCCUGCUGGUCCCGGCGCUCAAACUCCACGACCGCAACCAGCCGGUGACGCUGGACAUGAGGCACUCGGCGCUGGGCCACUCCUGGCUCAGCCUCCGCCUCUUCGACGAGGGAACCAUCAACAAGUGGAAGGACUGCUGCACCAUCGUCGACCACAUCAACGGCACCACCAACUACUUCUUCUCCCCGACGCUGGUGGCCGACUGGUUCUACCAGUCCAUCUCGCUGGUGCUGCUGGAGGUGCAGAAGAAGCCGCAGAGGGGGAUGCCGAGGGUGGAGAAGGUGGAGCGGAACGGGACCAUCAUCUCCGUCAUCCUGGGCGUCGGCAGCAGCCGGAUGCUGUACGACAUCGUCCCCGUGGUGUCGUUCAAAGGCUGGCCGGCCGUCGCUCAGAGCUGGCUGAUGGAGAACCACUUCUGGGACGGGAAGAUCACUGAGGAGGAGGUGAUCAGCGGCUUCUACCUGGUUCCCGCCUGCUCCUACAAAGGCCGCAAGGAGAACGAGUGGCGCCUGUCGUUCGCCCGCAGCGAGGUGCAGCUGAAGAAGUGCAUCUCGUCCAGUCUCAUGCAGGCGUACCAGGCCUGCAAAGCCAUCAUCAUCAAGCUGCUGUCGCGGCCCAAAGCCAUCAGCCCGUACCACCUGCGCAGCAUCAUGCUGUGGGCCUGCGACCGCCUCCCCGCCAACUACCUGGCGCAGGACGACUUCUCCGCCCACUUCCUGCUCGGCCUGAUCGACGACCUGCAGCACUGCCUCGUCAACAAGAUGUGCCCCAACUACUUCAUCCCGCAGUGCAACAUGCUGGAGCACCUGUCGGACGAGACCGCCAUGCUGCACGCCCGCAAGCUGUCCUCGGUGCGCUCCGACCCGGCCGAGCACCUGCGCACCACCAUCGAGCACGCCAAGGCCGCCAACAGGCUGACGGUGGAACUGCAGUGGCGAGGCAGCGCCAACAACCUGCCGUCGCCGCAGUCGGACGCCGGCGGGGAGAACCAGCCCGACGACCGGCUCGCCAAGAAGCUGCAGCAGCUGGUCACGGAGAAUCCUGGGAAAUCCAUCUCGGUCUUCAUCAACCCGGACGACGUCACGCGGCCGCACUUCCGCAUCGACGACAAGUUCUUCUGAGACUGAGAGUCCUUCGCCUCCUCUUCCUCCUCUCUGCCUUCCUCCUCCUCGCCCGGUGCCCCGCCUCCUCUGAAACUUUAUUUUUUACAUUUUUUUAUGUUUCUCUGCCACAGAGUGAAGUGCGGUGAUCGUCCAGUUGUGUCUGCCACAGUUUUUUAUUUUUUUAUUUUUAUUUUUCUAUUCCCCGUCCCCCCGUCCCUCCUCUUUCACUGUGUGCCCUGUGUUUUUUACCUGCUCGAUGCCUUUUAAAUAGACAGCUGAUUUAUUAGCAGCAGGUUGUUUUUAACAAUGAAGUACGGGCCGCAAAUCCACCUUUGUGAUGGAACUGCUGUCCGGACGGUAGUUUAACGGAAUUAUCAGGGAUCCUGGAAAUGAGACGAGUCCAUCAACUCCUGAAAACGUUCCUGAAGCUUGCGUCCGUCGGCAGGUUUGAGAGGCACGAUUUCUUUAAAAAACUGCCAAAAUUACACAAUUUGUCAUCCGGAAACUAACAGCAGAAAGAAUUGUUAGAUUUUCAGCUGUCAGAUGUUUUUUUUUUUAACUACUCAAUUGCUUAAAAUUUCAUCACAUUGUUUAGAAAAAUGCUAAAAAUGCACCUUUAACCUUCGAAUCCGAUUUUCUAAAAAACUAAAUAUGCUUCACUUACUGGCCCAACCGUGAAUCCAUCAGUGACUCAGCUCUGACAAACAUUAAUGUGACAAAGAAUUCGGGGACUUUUCGGCUAAACUGGAGGCUUUUUACAAAUUCAAUGAAAUGAUCUGCUUUUUAGUUUUUGGCUUAAUUCGCUGUAAACUAUAAAAUCCUGUCAUGUUUGGCUCAGAGUCAGUGGGUGGCCGUUGAUAUAAAGACCAGCCAUCGUUAUUUAGAAUAAAGUGAUUUUGAGGAAAUAUCGACAAUAUUCGACCCCGUGAUUCGUCCAGCGACUGUAAGAACGUUGAGAAUCUGAUGAUUCUUUCUGCUGUUAUAGUUUCAGGCUGAUGAAUGUCAUCUUGGCUUUUUUUUUUAAAGCUAACUUGCCUUUAAAACCUGCUGGAAGGUUUUGGGAUUUUAAAUGUUUCAUGACUUUGAAAACACGAACCUACACGACAUUCGAAUCUGGCUUUGCUCUUUUAAACGGCUCAGAUGCAGAACUUGUUGCCGUGCGAGAAGCUCAGGUUCAGGAGUUGAGGCGAGUCUCGGGUCCGGCGGCGAAGGCGGCAGCGCUGGUUCUGGAGGUGGAUUUGGUCCCUCUGAGGAAUGUCUUAGCCCCGCUGGGGGACGAUGGUACUAACGUCUUAGAAACUAACUGUAAAUAGCAGAACACUGACUGAUGUGUGUAGACAGAAAGAGAAAUAGACUGACGACGAUUUGUGGACUACUUUUUCGUCUAAUUUUGCACAGAAUGUAUAAAAAACAAACAAACACCACUUUUACUGUCCAUGGAGGACGCCGUGUCGUCCUGGUUCUCGUAUCUCAUAUCAGUGACACUUUACCGAUGAGCGGUCGCGCUGCACGCUCUGAACGGGUUCAUUAACCGGCAGAACUGCGGCAGGUUCACAGUAAAACUAAGUCUGAGCUGCUCAGACUCCACUUUGGACAGCCGGUAGAGCUCAACCGUUAGGACUUUGGUGUUUGAGAGUUUUACGCCUGCCCGUCCAAUCAGAGACACGAAACCUUUACUUUGCAGAAGCUGGAGGGUUUGAUGAGCGCGCCGUUUUGCUCUCAGGUGAAUCUGCUGCGAACCGACCCGACCGGCUAAAGUGUCACCGAGCGUUCCUUUAGACAUGAUAUCAUCCCGUCACCUUCUUCCGUCUUCUCUGUUGAUCGGAUGCGACUCGAUAAGCUUCACUGUGUGUUUUUAACCCGACUGACGUUUUUUUUUUUCUGUUCUGCUGCUUCUGUCCGUGUCGAGGGUUUGACUCCGGCUUCAGCUCGACCAGCUCAGGGUUAAAUGUACUGAAGGCCGGUUCUGCAUCGGACGACUCUUUAUAUCCCUUAAACCUGUUUUUGUCUUAAAGAAUCGGGACCAAAUUUCAUCCUGAAUGAGACGUUUUACAGUAAAAAUCAACUUGUAAGGGCUCAAACUGUGACAUUUGUUGAACAUUUGUCGUCCUGUUAGUACGCAAGGGUCUAUGAGAACAGUUAUGUUUGCACAUCGACUAUUAAAUAUGGGUACAACUAGUGCACUGAGUUCUCCAAGCAGACUAGAGAGUAGUCAUAUGACAACAGCUGCAAGUCUGCAAAGGAAUAUAAUGAAGGUUUGAUACUGGCCCAGAAGGUAAACAAAGCAAGCGUUGCGCUUUUCAAAAGCGUCUUAAGAAUAUCUGCUUGCGUUAAAACUGCCAAUUUAUCACCGACUCCUGGAAAGACUCAGAUUUUUGGGCUGCACAUGGAGAUCUCAGAGGGCUCAGCGCGAAAUUUCUUGGACUUGAGAAGAUGAUGACAUUUAUGUAACCCUCAGUUAUUCCUGGAGCAUGUAACACCGAUUUUAUGCUACUUCCUGGUUUGCAUUAAGGACUCUGGGUGCUGCUUUCCCUGCUUUCUGCAUCGACUGCAGCAGGUCUGCAUAGCUUAGCGCUAAAUUUUAGAAUUUAUAGAGCUAGAAGUUCCUCAGUUUGGGACGUGUUGUAUCGCAGAAUGUGGCCACAAUAAACUAAAUAAUAGAAGCCCCAGAAUCAAACCCUGAGGAACCCCACCCAGAUUUCCACUAAGCAAGGCUUUACUUAUGUGAAAGAAAAACACAACUUGGUGCCCAGUUUUAGUUAAUUUGAAGCUAGAAUACCAUCAUGUUGGUAAAUAUUUUACAGUUUCAUGUCUGAAACACAGACUCCAAGUGAACUAAAAACUAAAAAAAUAACAACAAUACGUUAGCGAGGGAGUUAAGUCGAGGCUUCAUUCUGACAGAUUUGUCUUGAGGCGUCAUCAUUAUAUCAUCGGAUUACAUAAAGGAUGUAAGCAGCCCCGAGGUUUGAAAAGUGAAGCCAGUGCAGAUAAACCUGCAUUCCUUCUCACAGCCAGCAGGGGGCGACUCCUCUGAUUGCAAAAAGAAGAGAAAAUGAGCUACUUACCACCUGCUUUAUUACCUCAGUGAACAUGUUUCCAAUGAGUUUAUGGCGGUAAUCUCUAGUUUUAGGUCUCCUUUAACACCUCAUGAUGUUCGUUUAGUAAAUUAUGGUUCCAUUUAGAGGAAAAUAGACGCUAACGCAGGGGACGUUUUAGGGCUACCUCGUGAUUUCACCAUUCAUGGUGUCAGCCAAAUUCCAAAUCUAUAAACCGCAGGCCACAAACAAACGACAUCUUAAUAUAAUCUGUAGUCACUUGGUUGCGUCUUCUGCUUCAGCUUUACAAGGUGUCGUCCUAGAAGUUAAUAGAAACGUUCUGGUGAGGCCACGUUUCUGCAUCUUCAUCUCAGAACGUUGCUGUAAAAUUCACUGAAAUAUAGAUUUGAGAAAACGAAUUAGACAGUUUCAGUCCUCGCGAUUGUAUUAUUGCAGUUAAAUGCAGCAUCAUUAUGUCGACAUGUAAGCUCUCUAGUCUAACUUUGCUAAUCUGAGGCUUGUUGGUCUGAGAUGUGCUGAGUACUGAUCUGGAUUUGUUGUGCAGCUAAUUGAACCGUGUAGCCUCAGUUGACAUUAACACUCCACUACAGCUCUUAAACACUAAAACUAACUCACAACGUUACUACUACUUCUGCUACUACUGGGAUUUCCUGACCUGAACAAGCUUUCCUCUGUCGUCCGUCCUGAGUUGGUCGUGUUGAAGCCGAGUCGCUCCUGGUUUCCGUCUUUUUGUUGCCACAAACAUUUCCAGGAAAAUGCCAAAAAAAAAGAACAAAAAAACAAACUCCUGCAGACGUCUGCCCGGCAGUGUGAUCUCCAUAUAUCCUCAUCCUCAAGUGCAAUUAGUGAAAACACACACAGAACACACACUCCAUGUAGCAUCACGACACUACAGUAAGUUCAACGACACUCCUUCGCCCACUCAGAGGUUUCUCACACCAUUAAAGUGCCGCACACUCUCCUGCUCGGUGGAAAUGUAAUCAGUGUGUUCUUCUGAGCUUCGUGACCUUCGACCUCUCUCUGUUUGUUCAGAACCUUUCGACUGUGAGUUUUUAUUUUUCUCUGUAAUCCUGCUGCUCUGCUUUAUUCUGAUGAUGGAUUUCUUUAUGCAACGUCGACUUGGAUGGCUUCGCCCUUCGGAUGGCAGCUCCUCCCACCGUCUUCUGAAGGCUCGCUGCUGGAAUUCACUCUUUUAACCACAAUUUCUUUCUAUAUAUCUAGUGUGUAGUUUUUGUUAUAAAUAAUAUGGAGCCUUUAGCUAAAGCAAGCAGCUAUACCUUGAAGUCUUAUGUACUCGUUCCCAGAUGCCAGGAUUUAAGUUUUUCCAUCUAACGACACGAUAUACAGAAUAAAGCUGCUCAUUAUUUGCUCUAUUUAUUGAUGAUAGAAGUAAACGUAGGUGUCAUCUGAAUAGCAAUGAUGCAGUGAUGCAAUGAGCAGAAUCUGAAGUACUCGAGGGCCCAGUAUCGAACCCUGAGGAACUCCACUCAGAUUUACAGUGUCUACAAGCAAAGCUCUAUUUGACUUUUUUUUUUAAAAAACACAACGCUAAGUUUUCGAGUCUCUUUGCGCUAGAAUUUCCUUAACCUGAGAUUCAUACUGCAGCAUUUGGCCGAGACAGAACCCAGUGUUAAUAAUAGAGGCCCUAGAAUCAAACCCUGAGGAAUCCCAUUUAGGUUUGUCUCCAAGCAUAGCUUUGAUUUAACACAGCUUAGCAUUCAGUUUUAGUUGUUGGAGCUACAAUUUUUUCCAUUUAGGAAAUACAUUGCAGAAUAUGCCUGAGACAGAGUCUGGGUUUAAUUAAUAGAGGGCCCAGUAUUGAACCAUGAGGAACUCCACUCAGAUUUACACUGCAUCCCUAAACAAGGCUUUAAUAUUCUGCAAGAAAAACAUAACCUAGAGCCCAAUUUUAGUUCUUGGAGCUAGAAUUUCUUCAACUUGAGAAUCACAUUGCAGAAUCUGACCAAGACAGGGCACAGGUUGAAUUAAAAGAGGCCCUAGAAUUGAACCCUGAGGAACUCCGCUCAGAUUUACACUGGGUUCCUGAGGUAGGCUUUAAGAUCUUGGAAGAAAAACACAACUUAGAGCUCAGUUUUAGUCGUUGGAGCUAGAAUUUCCUCAAGUUGGGGCUUAUUCUACUGCAGAAUUUAGCCGAGACAGAGCACGAGCUGAAUGAAUGGAGGCCCUAGAAUUUAACCCUGACCUUCUAGAAAACGGCAGCUUCAUGUGUUGUACACAAAAGUUCUACACUUGUGGGUAAAAUGUUGACUUUUGAGUUCAUUUGUUCUUCUUAGAAGUGAGUCUUGUGUGGAAAACCUGCUGACUAGUGCACAAACUCAGGCUCACAUUUUUAAUAUUGUAAAACAUAGUGAAAUUAUUGCUUUAUUAUCAUUCUGCCUUAAGCUUAUAACUCGUGCACACAAUAUAGAAUACACAAUCUCAUUAUCCCCUGUGCAGCGCUGUGCACACACAACAUGACAUUAAAAAAUUAUUACUUCAGACUCGUCUGCUCGCAUCUUUGUUGAAGAGAAAGAAGUAAAUGAGGCAGAACGGCAGAGGGAGUAAAGUCGAGUCAUGCAAACAUGGCGGCGCAGCAGCUUCCUGUCGAAGGAGGACAUGAAAUAUUAACUUCAUCUCAUCAGUUGUUCCUCAGAGCAGCUUCCAGAAGAGUUUAGAGAGUUACGGGUUAGAAAACGCUGCUUGGUUUAACUGAAAUCAGACGGAUUAAACAAAAAAGGACAUACAAUCCUUUUUAUUUUCCCUGCAUCAUAUGUGUGCAGUUCCGUCUCCGACCACCAGGAGCCGCCAGUCGGUUCGUCACAGUGAAGCAGCAGCAGCUCGGUGGAGAUGGAGGGAAGCUGCCGUCUGAAGGAGGCCAUCUGUACAAACACAGUGACUCUGUUUCCUCCUGUGAUGUUCAACUACUGUUGUAAAUAGCACUUGAUAAAAUAACUCAAACUCCA